CUUAAGAAACAUGGCCGCCCUUUCGAAUAAUACCCUCUUAUAUCUAUUUUAAUAUUACAGAACAUUUCAGGUUCUAUCUAAACGAGUUUUCUUAACAUCACGCGUACACACUAUGUUAACGUUUAUUAUAGAAUUUUUCUGGGUUUUUCAAUCUCUCUAGUGCUCCAUUUCGAAAUAUGGCUACACACACGUUAUCGAUUCUUAUUAAUCGUAUCUCGAACUCUUGUUACGAUCAACACAUCAAACAUGGCAUCUUUGGUAAAAUUCGGAAGACUUUCCUCCCAAUUGACUCCAAGAAAAACAGGAUAUUUGUAUGUGAUUGUCCGGAACUUUAAGAAUGCUGAUUGGAAACCUGGUCCAUACCCAACAACAGAAGAGGAAAGAAAAAAAGCUGCUGCCAAAUAUAAUCUCCAUCCACUAGAGUAUGAGCCUUACCCAGAUGAUGAUGGAUUAGGAUCUGGGGAUUACCCGAAACUUCCAGAUAAAGGAGUUGAAUUUAAUGAUCCAUAUUAUCCAUAUGAUUUCCCAGCAUUGAAAAGAAAUUUCAAUGAAGCUGUACAUAGGGAAAUUAACAUGCUUGGAGAAGAUCGUUGGGGUGCUGGCAGAAAAACCCAAUAUCCAAUAUGGUUCUACUAUGCAGCGAGUUUAGGUGUAAUUGGUACCUUCAUGGCAAUUUUCUUCUGGACAAGAGAUAAUAAAAUAUAUAGACCAGUGUUGGAGAAGCAGUAUCCUACACCUGGUGUAACACAUUACACCUUUGAACCAGCCCGUUAAGCCAAUAUUAAAGCAAUGAUGUUAUGUAGAUAAAAGCAAACUCGUAAUAAAAAACAUGUAUUUGAUAGACAUGACAAUAGA